GGUGCCACCUACGUAUAUAGAGUUGUUAAAACAGAUGACAGCGAUAUUUUUUGUUGUCGUAAAAGUUUUUUAGUAAAAGAGCAUGGGUCUUGUUUUUUGAAGAAAAAAUUCGUUGUUUCUAGUCAUUUACAUGUACUGAAUUUCCUGGGACAAUCUUAAUUUGUAUAUCGUUUCCUGUUGUUUCAAGUCAUUUUCAAGAGAUUGUUUCAAGAUGUAAUUGUUAGGGGAAACGCAUUGACAAAUUUGAUUAAAUAUUAUAUAAACAGUUUAAGCGUAUUCUAGUCAGUACAUCAAUAUACAAAUUAAGAGCAGAAUGUUAUCCGGAGAGGAAGAUCCAGUUGAAGAAGAGGCUAAUAGAGGACAUUUGUCGUUACCCUCUAUGUAUCAUGAACUAUCAAACCGCCGAAAAGACAUUCUGUUGGAAUUACUAGCAGAAAGUGAAACAUUACAGAAAGUUUUAGAAACCGCGAAAUCGGCAGAUGUAAAUUUUGUGAAAGACAAACAUUCCAAGUGGCUGAACUUGUACGAAAAGUUCCUAGAAAUUAACACUAGUUACCAGGCAUUAUUGUCACCUGAUGCAAUUAAAAUAGAUCAGAGUCAACUGAAGCACGAAAGGGACAGAUUUGAAAAUAUUAAACUGUCUAUAUGUUCUUGGUUCUCAAAUAAUAAACCAGAUGACACGAGAUCCCGAAUUUCGCAUUUUUCUGGAAGGAGCGGCAGAAGCAAUAUGUCGGCAUUAUCCUCUUCAAAAUUGCGCGAAUCGACAAGAAAGGCUGAAAUAUUAGAGCGUCAAGCUGCCUUAGAAGAAGAGGAAAAGUUAGAAGAAGAAAAACUUAAGUUAAAGUUCAAGGAAGAACGGUUGAAAUUAAAAACUGAAAUACGCGUUAGUGACGCAAAAUCAAAGGUUAUCGAAGAUCUUGAAAAGAAUAUGCUUUAUGACGAUGAAGUUGAGCAUGACAUUAAAGUUACAAGGCAAAAGGAAAAAUAUGUACUUCCUGAAAGUCCAAUCAAAAUCGUGCAUGAAUCUGAAAAUGGGCUUCUUAAAAUGACGCAGGAACUGAACAAGCCUAAAGUAGAAAUUAUAAAGUUCACGGGAAAUCCAAUGGAGUAUAAACGAUUCGUCAGACAAUUUGAUGCGAAAGUGAAUAAAAACACUGACUCGUAUGAUGAAAAAAUAAACUACUUACUCCAGUUUACUACAGGUGAAGCCUAUAAGAUAGCCUUGGGAUACUCACAUCUAAACGCGAGAGUGGGAUAUAAUGCUACCAUGAAAGAAUUUGAGGAUCGCUAUGGAGACCCUGACAUUGUUGCCAAUAGUUACGUUAAAAAGGCUUUAGAAUGGCCUAUUGUAAAGGACGAUCCGAAGGCACUGGACUCGUACAGCAUAUUUUUAAUGGAGUGUCAGUAUGCAAUUGAAAACGUGUAG